AUGAGCCGAGUCGAUGUGCUGGCGGAUGACCGCGGCCUCCAAGGAUGCUUCAAGGUGGCUAACAUCCAGCAAGAAUGGGCGCAGGACUUUAUCACCAAGCACAAGUUGGUCACCCUGGACGACUAUAUCUACUCGGUUGCCCAUGAUACAUGGGAAAAGGGUGUGGAAACCUUGGUGUCCCAGGUUCCCACCCUCAGGGACAACAUGAUCGCGCUGGCGAGGCGGUCAAAAUGCCCACCUGUCGACACGGGGCACAUGGAUGAGCUGCUGCAAAGUUAUGUGAAAAAGAAGGGUAUAGCUGCUUCCUUCGAGUUGGGCCGCUACAGUGCCCUGCAGACACAGAAUGCUAUCAAUGGCUCUGCGCUGUCGAAGCUGAAAGAGUUGGUAGGUGUCUUGAUGAAGUUGGAGACGGGCCUGCACUUCAAGUUUUCAGACUUGAAGGGGUCCUUGCGGAGGUGCUGCCUACAGUUUCCGGAGUUGAGGUACAAGAUGGAGGAAAGCAAGAGGUGUGACUAUGAGGGAACCAUGGCUUCUGCCUUGCUUUGUGUCUGUGCGCAUACCAGGCGCCUGAAAGACUCAACAAGAUUCCGGGAGGCUUGCUCAAAGUGCACAGACGACGAAAAGAAAGAGCUCUUGGAGAUGAAGAAGUGGCUUAGUGGAGAAGAAAGCGAAGGAGAGGACCAAGAAUCUGUGGCUGGUUCCAUAGAGCUUCCAAGCUUGCCAGCAACACCUUUGAUGGCAACACAGAAGAAGAGAAAGGCAGUGGCCUCGGCCACGCCAGAAGAGAAAGGACAGCCUGACUUGGAUGAGGAAGCAGAAAUGGCGACCCCACUGCCUUCCAGAAAGGCAAAGCUGAAGGAGAAAGUCCUGAAGAGGCCUGCAGCUGUUUCACCGCAAAAGAAACCAGCAGCUAAGAAGGUUGAGAAAAAGAUGGAAGGCAAGAAGAGCUGGGUUCUGAUGCACUACAAGAGAAGCAAGGUCAGAAAGAGUGAUGCAUGGGCUGUUCGCCAGUGUGGGGGCUCGCAAUUGUUUCAAAUGGUGUGUUCAAAAGACAAGAAUGCGGAAGGCAUUUGCAAGCAGGCUGUGAAAAAGUUGGAAGAUGGAGAUUCGCCUAGGAAAGUCAAAGAAUGGGCAAAGGCUCAGUAA